AUGUCCGACCUCCCACCGAGAGGUCGGGGCACGAGGCCCCCUGGGGCGGUUCCUAGGAGCCGUCGUGGGGGGGACUCGGGCUCCGCCCCACCAGCAAUACCACCAUCGGUCGCUGGCUCAUCGUCUUUUGGCGGUGAUGCCUCGCCAAUCUCGCCUGACCCGACCUCGACUAGGGCCACAUACUCGACGGUCGUGCCAGCUCGAUCUCGCCACACGUCACCCCGCUGCAGGUCCCGUUCCACCACGGGUUCCGCCCAUUCGUCCGCAGAUGAGUCUGACUCAGGGACGGCCCAACCCCAGGAGAUGGAGGUAGAGGGCACUCAGGGAGGGGAGGAGGUCUUGAGGGACCCCUCCGUCGACCUUCUUCUCGGUCAAUAUGCCUUGAAGUUCCGAGACACAGUCGAGGAUCUUCCUGGCGAUCUCGAGGUAUUGACCACCUCCAUUGUGAAGGCCACAGACUGGGUUCUGCGGGCCGCGCACCACAAUCCGCUCACCAUCGAUGGGGGCGAUGCCUUCGUGGCCCAGAUGACGUCCUUUGUGAACGCCGUCAUGGCCACCGACUUUAGUCGUAUUCGCGGACCAGGCGAACUCGACAACUUCUCGCUCGCCUCUCUCCUCGAGGCUGAGACGUCUUCCAAGGACGAGCCGACCAUCCACCCGGCUCCCGUAUUCAGGCCUCCUCCUCCUGCUGCCCGUGGGCCGCUCGACGAGGGUGUCGUUGGCGUAGGGGCCCCGCCCGACGUCCUCAUGCAGGCAUUGGAUGACCUUGGUCGCCCGGCCUCCCCUCCUCGCAUCCCCGCUUCCAAGAAGCGUAAGGGUGUCGAUCGUCCAGUCCCACCUCCUCCUCAGAAGAAGAGUAAGGUGGCCUACUCCCGCCCUGGUCCGCCCCCGCCGAUCAACCGCCGCUCCGAUGCCUCCCCCGCCUCCUGGCUUGGGACCGCAACUUCGCGGGCCUUCUCCUUCCCCCGCAUUCCCAACGGGUCCGAUGAAGACUUCACCUAUCGGUCCGUUCCUUCUUUUACUUCCGAGGGCCCCACCCGGAAGCAGGUUCUCGUGUCGUUCGGGGGUACCCCUCCCGACCUCACGAAAUUCUUCACCGAGUCGGCUGUCCGUGCAGCCAACGGGUACCUCAGGGAUGGUCGAUCUAUGCUUAAGGUCACCUCCAUCGUUCGCGCCUACGACGGUUUGUCGUUGGUCACCCCCGCUGUUGCCAGUCCGUCCGAUCUGGACAUCCUGCGUAACUUCAUCCGCGAAAGCCUCCCAACGGGUACCCUGUUCGAGGUUGCGCUCCCAUCAUCGACAUCUUUCAUAAAGAUCCUCGACGUUCCCUACUUCGAUCCGAAGGGGUUGAAGAUUACCCAGGAGGCGCUUGAGAAGGCCCUCCGUACCUCGGUGCAUGCUGAGGUCUUUGCAUAUCUGAGCACCAAGCCUCGGAUCGACCGCAACUCGGCGCACUCAACAUCGUGCACCGUGUAUUGCAACAUCUGGGACUCCCAGCAGGGAACCCGUGCCAAGAAGGCCUUAGGCCAACCAAUCUUCCUCGCUGGGCGGUCCUGUGCUAUCAGGCCCGCCGCACGACACACCGGGGUCCCACUCUGCCAGCGCUGCUGGAAGUGGGGCCACCCCACCGUCGCCUGUAAGGCGAAACAACUUUCCUGCCCCAUCUGCUCGGGUCCGCACGAGCAGAAGGAGCACCGUCAACAUGCGGGAUGUUGCAAGGGCAACACGAAAGCGAAACCCCCUGUGCCGCCCACCCCUCACGACCAGCCCUGCCCCCACAAGGGCCGCUGUGUCAAUUGCCACAAGGACCACGCCGCCAACUCGGCCUCGUGUAAGUUCUGGGCCCAUCGCUACGACCGUGAGUGGAUCAUGGCCGAGUAUCGUCAGGUACAUGAGCACGCUGCUCGCCGCCAACUUACUAACCCCUGA